AUGUCUUUACUUGAAGUGAUCACAAAGGCUUCGGCGAAUCCCAAUCCAACCACCGUCGAAUCAUCCUACCCAAUCAUUCUCAACCCAGACCCAAUUUUCCUAAACCUAAAGCCCCUACUCGAUUCCUCAAACGACCCCUCACUUCCAAAACGUGUCGAAGGAUUUCAAAUUUCUCAAACCGACACCGAACUCAUUGAAUUAUCCCAGAAAUUCUUCAAAAAGCUAAAGCGAAAGCUCAAAAGCCUCAACACCUUCACUAAAGCCGAGUUCAUCGAGAUAUUCAAUUCAUAUUUAGUUAAAAAUAGUGAAAAGAUUGGUAUUUCAGUUGGGGUUGAUCCGUCUGACGAGGGCUACACUCUUCAAUUAAUCGAAAAGGUAGGGUUUUUGAUGGGUCGCGAUGUUUUAGGCUUAAUUAUGGAGGCUUGUAUUGUCUUUGAGAUUUGGGAGGUGCUAGAAAUUGUUAUUGUUAAUGGUUUUGUUGAACAUUCGUACCUUUCAAAUUUAAUUUUCAGUUUGAUUGAGAAGAAGAGGUCGGAUUUGAUAUGUUUGUGUGUGAAGUAUGUUUCGGAUCUUCAGACCAUUGAUAUACUUCACAUUUUGAAGUAUUUUCUUUCGCCACCUACAGAGGGUUAUAAGAGCAUGGUUAGUGUGUGGAAAGAAUGGGAGAGCCAAACUUUAAUGGCUAUUGAGAAAGUGAAUGAUAAGAGUCUUAGUGGGAAGAAAUUGAGCUUGGCAAAGGAGGCAUCAGUUUUGCUUAUGGUAGCACAUGAUGGGUUUUCAGUUAAUGAAUUGUGUUUGCAUUAUUUAUUUGGAUCGUCAAAUCUUGAUGAAGUGCUAUUUGCUUCUUGUAUCAGUAAGUUGAAUGGUGAUGAGAUGAUGGGUUUGAUUAGGUAUUUGGGGAAGUGGGUAAGGAAGUAUGAGAGGUUUCCCCAAGCGUGUCCUUGCCCUAAGGCGUCCUCUAUGUUGGGAUUGAAAGCUUGCAAUUGGGUACCUACUUUUGAAGACAUUGUGAAAUGUUUUGGAUUGGUUGUGGAUGAGCAUUUCUCUUCGAUGGUUCUGCAUUCCGAGUUUCAUGAGGAGUUGAGAUCUAUAGAGGGAAUUGUUAAUUCUUUAGCUGCAGAAUCAAGACUUUGCGGUACUGUGGCAAAUUUGGCUGAGAAUUUGAGAAGCAAAGUUAAAG